CAGUCAUGCCACAGAGAGAGAACAUCUUGUCAGACUGGCAGACUGAUUUUAGUUAAAUAACAAUUGAUUUCAACCUCCAAACCCUCAAAUUAGAGCGAAUGACCAGACAGAAAGCAACACCAAGGACAUGACAUUCUGCCCCGUGACAUUCUGCCCCAACAUCCUCCUCAUAACGAAAACACAGGGUCUCAUGCAGCAACAAUCUCUUACAUUUGUGUUAUAUUUUCUCUUCAUUUUCUGUUGAAAGAAAAAAUAAGUGACGUCAACUCCAGAUUCAGUACACAUUCUUAACCAUCCAACUCUGCUCUUACCCGGAAUGAUGAACCCCACUUGAUCAUAAAUUGGAGGCGCAUGGCUGAUUGUUUUGUUAUUAGCGUAGGCAACGCCCCCUAAACCCUACAUAAGGGCAGGUGCUGUGCCAAAGAGUGUUUUUGGUAAUCUGAAACGGCGCACAGCCAUUCAUCUGUCUCAUCAUAUAGAUCUGUGCAAUCUCCCUUUUCGUGGACUGAAGACUAGAGCAAAGAGCAAAAAUAAGAAAACAUCGGUGAAUCCCAGAAAUCAGUGGCUACUAACAAAAUAAGAACAAAUCGUGGAUAUGAACAAACAUAAGAGGAAAUGUGUUGGUUGAAUACCUCCUGCAUGAGGCCCAAAGUCUGCCUUAGUAAAGCACUCUCUCCCACCCAGUCAUGAUGCUUUCUGAUAAAAAGUGAAUUUGAGUAAUUAAGAAUUGAUUAAAACCUGUAAACAGUGGACCCAGAUAGCGGGUGUGAGGGUCAUGUCAUGACACAGAGCAUGCCGUGUCCCCCACAUGGCACUGCUGUCCAGGGCAUGGCCACCAAGCAGUCAGUGAGCUGUAUUCACCCAGAAGAUGUCACACCCAUACUGUAAAUGCACACUUGAGUUGAUGGAGUAGUACGCACUACAUGUAAGUGUCUCCAUAGCGUAAUUAAGAGCGUAUAAAAUGUAUACUAUAAAUGAUUACAUGAGAACACCACCAGUAUUACUGCACCACUGUUAAAUAGAGGAUUAUAUUACAAUAGAGAACUAUAUGCUCUCAUGGCAUGGCACAUUUGGCAAGGUUUUAUGGCUAGGCUAUAAAAUGUGCCCAUAAACAAAGGAUACAAAAUAUUAUAGGUCUCUCUUUUGGUUUCUCUUUUUCUCUCAUUCCCAUUCUUUUAUCUCUGUGUUUGCCAGUCCUCAUGCCUUCACUCAGAGCAGCCUUAUUUCACUGUGCAUCUCUUUCACCAUUCAUUGCACAAUAACGGCGUCUUCCAUAGGGCACUGCAUGACCUGCGCAGCCGGCAUGCUCAGCAACUCAGCCUGUUUAACCUCAAGCCAUUCUACAGCUCCCUGCACAGCUACAGCAAAAGGCUGCCAUUUGCAGGCUGACUGGAAGGAAUCUUCAACCACGUAUUGAUUUGUAAGAAUGGACAGGGGACCAAAAUCUGAGUGAGAUGAGCUCGUGCAGCAGCCGAGCUCUGACGCUGCUCUCCUCCGUGUUUGGGGCGUGCGGGCUUCUCCUGGUGGGGGUUGCCGUGUCGACGGACUACUGGCUGCUUAUGGAGGAGGGCAUCGUGCUGCAGCAGAACCAGACCAUGGAGGUGAAGAUGGCGCUGCAUUCAGGACUCUGGAGGACCUGCUUCAUAGCCGGUGCAGAGAAGGGGAGAUGUGUUGCAGCAGAAUACUUCAAUGAGCCUGAAAUUGAAAUCACAUCAGAAAACACAGCAAACAUUUUGAAGAUGGUGCGAACAGCCACCCCAUUCCCCAUGGUGUCCCUCCUCUUCGUCUUUACCGGCUUCAUCAUUAGCAACAUCGGACACAUCCGCCCACAGCGCACCAUUCUAGCCUUCGUCUCUGGAAUCUUCUUCAUCCUCUCAGGGCUGAGUCUUGUGGUGGGCCUGGUGCUGUAUAUCUCCAGUAUAAAUGAUGAGGUGAUGAACCGGCCCAGGGAGCCUGAGCUGUUCUUCAACUACCGCUAUGGCUGGUCCUUUGCCUUCGCUGCCAGCAGCUUCCUGCUCAAAGAGGGGGCAGGUGUGAUGUCUGUUUAUCUAUUCAUGAAGCGCUACGCUGAAGAAGAGAUGUACCGGCCACAUCCUGCUCUCUACCGCCCCCGCCUGUCGGAGUGUAGUGACUACAGUGGCCAGUAUCUCCACCCUGAGUCGUGGCCACCCUCCCAGCGUGUGCGCAGCGCCUCCGAGGGCUCCAGCGACCUCUCCAUACAGCUCAACCAGACUCCCCAGCCUCCUCCCAAGGGCAACCCCCAGCAGAGCGCGCAGGCCGCGGGGAUGGCUUCCACCUCCGUCCAGUCCUCUGCGUCUAGCUACCAUCAUAAUUCUCCGGGCGCCGCCUCCUACUCCCACUCCCACUCCCACCCACUGCACUCCGCACACGGGCCUGGAGCAACCCAAACGCUGCCACUCUCCAUGCCCCCUUCUGCUGGAGGCCCACCCCACUACCACACACACAUGCGCAUGAGUGCCUCUCCCUGCUAGGGGGAGCGAGAGUGUGUCUGGUGCUGCAGGGAUAGAGAGAAUAAACUCUGGGACAGAAAGAGGAGUCAAGAAGAAAGGCUGUAGAGAAACAUCAAGAGAAAGAAGGGAACAGAGAGUAAAAGGGUGAACAAGGGGAAAGACAAAGCCAGGGCAGUGGACAAAGGACAGAGAGAGGGAACGGGGAUAAAUAUAUGGGAGACUAUCAAGAGAUUUAUUGUUGUGGGAGAAAACUUUAGGAGAGAUUGAGGAGGUAGAGAAAAUGGAUUAGAGAGAUAAACCUCAGAGAGGGUCCUCUGUAGAGAGAUACUUGGCUCUGAUAUCGCCCUGGAAGAGACUUUUGUUGCACAAGACUGAUGACCAAAACUGAAUUCUGUUGUAAAACACAAGGAACAGUGGUUUGAUUUCCAGAGUAAAUAUAGAUAAAUAUUGUACAUAAAUUGUAUAUAAACAUGAAUAUGUCGCUUUCAUUUUAAUUUCUUAAAGAUUUAUUGACUUCUUUGUGCAUUCAUAUGAAUAAUAUAAUGGUUACUAUUGUUACAUAUGUAAGACCAGGAAUAUACAAUCAGAUUAAUUCAUUUAAUGUAAGAGGCCACUAUUGCUAUUGUUAUUAGUGCUGGAAACAACAGUGAUUUAGAUACAAUUCCAAUGUAUUUCAUUAAGUGCAUACAUACACAUGCAUAAACGCAAGGAUGAGAUCAAAUUUCCAAAUGAGUAGACUUGUACAAAUUGAAACUGAAAAUAAAUCAUUCAUUUCUAUUUAUAUGUUGAUGAAUUACAGGCUGUGUGUAAUGAAAUAGUAUUAAUACAAAUAUUACAUAUCCACAUUUUUGUAUAUCCACAUUUUUAUCAUGGAUGAAACCUUGCCACAAUGAUUUACAUCAUUAUUUUGGAGCAAGAUGACACAACAGGUAACAAAGUCCUUCUCGUGUGUAAAUCAUAUAAUGUUUUAUAUCUGAUUUUUAAUAAAAAAAUGUAGCAUGUUCCUCAACAUGCUUUACAAA